AUGAUACUCGUGUCACAAUUGAAUCCAUUGACUAAUGAAAUUAAAGCACUUGGUGAGCGACUAGAAUCCUUGAAACUACAUGACAUAGUAAGAAAUGGUCAUCAAAAACUUAAACAAUGGCAACAAGAUUGUCAUGAAAAGAUUGAUCAUUUGUUUGAGAAAAAAUAUCAAGAACUCGAUCGACUAGUGACCGAGAAAUUAGAUCAACAGCGAGAAAGCAUUCGUCGUCUGCAUUCAAAACUCAGCAAACUUGUUCACGAACAAGAAGCAACUCGAAAUGAUAUUGAUAUGUUGUCGACAGCAAUUCGCCAAAUAGAAAUAGAUUUGAAAAAAAUCGAACAAACUUCGUUUCAGAUCAACACUCGUUCAUUAGUUAUAGAUGACAGUUACAUUCAAGUUAGAAAAAUUGAUGAACACGAACGUGAUCACUCGACUCUUGCAUCCGUUUAUAGAACACUCGCUAGUCCGAGUGGUAGUUACGUAGAAAUAGCCAGCAAUGAUCAAUUCUUAUUGGUUCAUCAAAAGCCAAACCUGUGUAUAGUUGAUCUCGACAUGAAUAUCAAGCAACAGAUCUUAUGGGAACAUAAACAAAUUUGGGAUAUGUGUUGGUCAUCGGUAGCAGAUCGAUUUAUUGUGAUUGACGAAGCCGAUAUUUUUCUUAUCGAUGAAAGAUUAAUCUACGUUGAGACAGUAGACACAGAUAAGAGACGAAAAUGGAUGUCAUGUGCAUGCUCUCAAACGUCGUUAUUUCUCUCAACUGAUGAGUGGGGAUCUAAAAUUAUGCAAUUUAGAUUGUUACCUUCGAUUACUUUCACCAAAGAAUGGAAACCUCCUUUGGUAUGUACAGAAAAUGAGCGUAUUGAUGGGAUUGCUUGUAGGGGUGAUAUGUGUGCUCUACUUAUUAUGAAUGGUAAAGAAAAAUCAUUGCGAAUAGAACUACGAACUUGUGCAUCAUUCAAGCGCAUCUGGUUACGACUCAUUGAUGGCAUGUUUGAUUCAAAUUUUAUACUUCGUUGUUGUUCACUUAAGGCUGAUGAAUGGUUAGUAGCUGAUUGCGAAAAUCGUUGUCUUUUGCAUAUUACAAAAGACGGAAAAUUAAAGAUGACAAUUAAAUAUCAUGACAUACCAUAUCGUAUUAAACUAUUCGGUCCAGACAUGAUUGUUGUAUCGACUCAGAAAGGAAUCAAUUUUCAUAAAAUUUAG